GUCAGUUUCAGAAGUUGUAAAAUAUAAGGGAGUCUCAAUAACCUACUCAAGUUUGAAGCAGUUCCGCAUAUUCCAAUCAAUUAAGGGUGAAUAUUAUUAUUCAACUGAACCAUAGCGUGCAUCUUAGAAGUGACAAAAAGGUGAACUUAAAUUAAUAAAUACUCCACUUUUAUUAUUUUUUUUUUCCAUAAUGAAUAUCCGUCAACAAUUACUCCAAUUCCUACAACUUGCAUAUGUGUUAUCCUCAGCAUUUAUGCUUUGGAAAACCCUCUCUGUCGUUGCCAACUCUCACUCCCCAGUAGUCGUUGUUUUGUCAGGUUCCAUGGAACCUGCUUUCCAAAGAGGUGACAUUUUGUUCUUAUGGAAUAGAGAUUACCAAGCUAAGGUUGGUGACGUUGUGGUGUACGAAAUCCAAGGAAAAUCUAUUCCUAUCGUUCACCGUGUAUUGAGAGAACAUCAUAAUGAAAACAAGCAAUUCUUAUUGACUAAGGGUGACAAUAAUCCAGUAGAUGAUUUGAACUUGUACGCAAAGAAACAAGCUUAUUUGGACCAAUCCAAAGACCUUGUUGGUACUGUAAAGGGGUACCUCCCAAAGGUAGGGUACGUUACAAUUUUGAUUACGGAAAACAAUUACUUUAAGUACGGGUUAUUGGGAAUAAUGGGUAUUUCAAGUUUACUUUCUAGUGAUUGA